GGUAAGUAUUUUACGUGUGUAAUAAUUUACUUACACCUUUCCAAGCUUUAUGCUUUUUUUCUUCCUUUACUGCAUUGGCUGGGACCAAACCUCAGUACAAUGCAGAAUAGUAGACAUCCUUGACUUAUGCCUGUUCUUAGAAGAAAAGUGUUGCCUUUCUGCCCGUGGAAGCCACCGAGUAAGCAUCGUGAAAGUCUCCCCUCUUACCGCCAUCAUGUCUAAGUCUGAGUCUCCCAAAGAGCCUGAACAGCUGCUGAAGCUUUUCAUCGGAGGUUUGAGCUUUGAAACAACCAAUGAGAGUCUGAGGAGCCAUUUUGAGCAGUGGGGAAUGCUUACGGACUGUGUGGUAAUGAGAGAUCCAAACACCAAGUUCUCUAGAGGCUUUGGGUUUGUCAUGUAUGCAUGCACUGUGGAAGAGGUGGACGCAGCCACGAAUGCAAGGCCACACAAGGUGGAUGGAAGAGUUGUAGAACCAAAGAGGGCUGUCUUGAGAGAAGAUUCUCAAAGACCUGGUGCCCACUUAACUGUGAAAAAGAUUUUUGUCAGUAGCAUUAAAGAAGACACUGAAAAACAUCACCUAAAAGAUUAUUUUGAACAGUAUGGGAAAACUGAAGUGAUUGAAAUCAUGACUGACCGAGGCAGUGGCAAAAAGAGAGGCUUUGCUUUUGUAACAUUUGGCAACCAUGACUCUGUAGACAAGAUUGUCAUUAAAAAAUACCAUACUGUGAAUGGCCACAACAGUCAAGUAAGGAAAGCUUUAUCUAAGCAAGAGAUGGCUGGUGCUUCUUCCAGCCAAAGAGGUCGAAGUGGUUCUGGGAACUUCAGCAGUGGUUGUGGAGGUGGUUUUGGUGGGAAUGACAACUUUGGCCAUGGAGGAAACUUCAGUGGGUGAGGUGGCUUUGGUGGCAGUCAAGGUGGUGGUGGAUAUGGUGGCAGUGGGGAUGGCUAUAACGGAUUUGGUAAUGAUGGUGGUUAUGGAGGAGGCGGCCCUGGUUACUCUGGAGGAAGCAGAGGCUAUCAAAGUGGUGGACAGGGUUAUGGAAACCAGGGCAGUGGCUAUGGCGGGAGUGGCAGCUAUGACAGCUAUAACAAUGGAGGAGGUGGAGGCAGCUUUGGCAGCGGUAGUGGAAGCAACUUUGGAGGUGGUGGAAGCUGUAAUGAUUUUGGCAAUUACAACAAUCAAUUUUCAAAUUUUGGACCCAUGAAAGGAGGAAAUUUUGGAGGCACAAUCACUGGCCCCUAUGGUGGUGGAGGCCAAUACUUUGCCAAACUAUGAAACCAAGGUGGCUGUGGCAGUUCCAGCAGCAGCAGUAGCUAUGGCAGUGGCGUAAGGUUUUAAUUACUGCCAGGAAACAAAGCUUAGCAGGAGGGGAGAGCCAGAGAAGUGACAGGGAAGCUAUAGGUUACAACAGAUUUGUGAACUCAGCCAAGCACAGUGGUGGCAGGGCCUAGCUGUUACAAAGAAGACAUAUUUUAGACAAUACUCAUGUGUAUGGGCAAAAAACUCGAGGACUGUAUUUGUGACUAAUUGUAUAGCAGGUUAUUUUAGUUUCUGUUCUGUGGAAAGUGUAAAGCAUUCCAACAAAGGGUUUUACUGUAGAUUUUUUUUUUUUUGCACCCAUGCUGUUGAUUGCUAAAUGUAAUAGUCUGAUCAUGAUGCUGAAUAAAUGUGUCUUUUUUUAAAUGUGCCGUGUAAAGUUAGUCUAUUCUGAAGCUAUCUUGGUAAACUACCCCAACAGUGUGAAGUUAGAAUUUCUUCAGGGUGAUGCCAGAUUCCAUCUGAAAUGUAUUUGCAACCUGCUUGGGCACAGAAGCCAUUGUCUCCACAAACAUUUGGUGUGGUUGAACUGACAGUUAACAUGUUGUGACCUGGAGUUCACCGUUAAAAGGGUCACCCAUGGGGCGCCUGGGUGGCUCAGUCGGUUAAGCGGCCGACUUCGGCUCAGGUCACGAUCUCGCGGUCCGUGAGUUUGAGCCCCGCGUCGGGCUCUGUGCUGACAGCUCAGAGCCUGGAGCCUGUUUCAGAUUCUGUGUCUCCCUCUCUCUGACCCUCCCCUGUUCAUGCUCUGUCUCUCUCUGUCUCAAAAAUAAAUAAAAACGUUAAAAAAAAAUUUUUAAAAGGGUCACCCAAGCAAAGUCCUGGAGUUUAUUUGGUUAUUAAUAUGAUUGUUGGCACAUCCUAUGCAAUAUAUCUAAAUUGAAUUAUGGUAUCAGAUACAAUUAUAGAUGGGAUUAAAGCUUGUGUAUCAUCCAUUAUCAUGUGUAAUCAAUAAAUGAUUUAAUAUUCUCUUGAAAA